AAAAAAAAAAAUCAAGGGCAUAACAGUGAGGGCCAAAAACUUUCCGCAACCCAUCGAAAUUGCCUUUUCCCACUCAAAAGCAACCGCCAAAAAUCCCUCUCGAUUUCAAAAUACUUUCACGGGAAUAAAUUUCCUUUAAUGAUUACUAAAUACCAACGGGAUAACGCAAAGUUUAGGAGUCUCAUACUUUGAAUUUCGAUCUUCGCUUCUCGUCUCCUUCGCAGUUCGUGCUUCUUUUAGUUAAGAAGAAAAAUGGCUGGAAAAGGUGGAAAGGGGCUUGUGGCAGGGAAGACCAUGGCAGCUGCAGCAGCUAACAAGGACAAGGACAAGGGCAAAAAACAGCCGGUCUCUCGUUCUGCUCGAGCGGGUCUUCAGUUUCCGGUGGGGAGAAUCCACCGCCAACUCAAGUCGAGGACCAAUGCUCAUGGGCGAGUUGGAGCCACGGCCGCUGUUUACUCGGCAGCCAUCCUUGAAUACCUGACAGCUGAGGUUCUCGAGCUGGCCGGGAAUGCCAGCAAGGAUUUGAAAGUGAAGAGGAUAACACCUCGGCAUUUGCAGCUAGCCAUUCGUGGGGAUGAAGAGCUCGACACCCUUAUCAAAGGGACGAUUGCUGGUGGUGGGGUUAUACCUCACAUUCACAAGUCCCUCAUUAACAAAACCACCAAGGAGUGAAAUUUGCAGGCAUUGCUUUUUUUUCCUUUGUUUAAUAUGAUGGACAGGUUUUUAUGUUUUGUUUUAGGUCUGUAGUUAUAAGGAAUUAGGGUGAUGGUGAUCAGUUUUAUGAACUUGUGAUCUGAUUGAUUGGUUUUUGAACUUUUGGUAAUGUGUGCUGGAUUUCUACUUUUUUCAGACUGCUAAUUACAGUCUUUCUUUAAUUGUUAUUGAAAAAUUGGAAAAGGGUAAUGUAGUAGUUUCUUCCUUCGUUGAGUGGCUAAUUAGUGUGUCCAGUCUAGUGUAUUCUGUGCUGUGUGAUUUGUUCUGUUUUGGAAUAAUUACUUUAUGCUCUGGACAUUUUGUUAAGUUUGAAUUUAAGGCUGUGUAGUAG